UGUACACCACACCACCAGCGUCUCGUCGCGCGUCGAUGACGUCAGUGAAACGUCUUCCAUUAUGGCGGCGGAGGGCUGUGAGGAGAUGAGCGGCAACGGGGAGCUCACAGAGUCCUCAGCCAUGGAAGAGUCAGAGGUUCUUGUGCUGCCACCAACUGAGAUGGAAGAGACAUCAGAAGAAAACGGCAGUGCACCUGAGGCCCUGGUAGGCCCUGACCCUGCUCCCUUCUCCAUGCCCCAUACUGCAGAAGAUGAGGAGGGAGAACUGCCUGCAGACUUUGAGCGCCUGUGGAAGGCUGCCCACGACAAUCCUCAAGACUUCACAACCUGGACUGACCUUCUACAGUACUGCGAGCAAGAGAGUCAUAUCACAGCAUCACGCAGAGCAUUAGAGGCCUUCCUUCUUCGCUAUCCACUCUGUUACGGCUACUGGAAGAAAUAUGCUGAUCUGGAGCGGCGAGCCAGUAACAACGACAAAGCAGAGGAGGUGUGUAUUCAGGGCCUCCAGGUUAUCCCUCUGAGUGUAGAUCUGUGGAUCCAUUAUGUCAAUCUGCUGCUGGGAACACUAGAUAUGAACCUGUCUGAGUCACCUGUACGGAUUCGCAGAGUGUUUGAGGAUGCAGUGACAGCAGCAGGUCUGGACUUCCACUCAGACAGGCUUUGGGAUCUUUACAUUGAGUGGGAGAAGGAGCAAGGGAACAUGAAGAACGCAGCAUCUGUGCUUGACAGAGUCCUUAAAGUCCCUACCCAGCUCUACAAUACCCACUAUGACAAGUUCAAGGAACACCUGAACAACCAUGAGCCCAAAGACGUGCUUUCCCAGGAGGAGUAUGAGGAGCUGAGGGCAUCUUGCCGUCAGAGUCAGAAGGCAGAGCGUGCAGAACAAGCUCAGGAAGAAGAGGCAGAGAGACCGCCGGGAGAGGAGGAGCCAGCCACACCAGAGGGCACAGACACUGAAGAGUUGAUGCAGAAGAUUAGAGAGCAAGCGCUGGUUGGGAGGGACAGAGUGUACCAGGACAACGAAGGAGAAGUCCGCAAAAGAUGGCACUACGAAGAUGCAAUAAAACGCCCCUACUUCCAUGUCAAGCCACUAGACCGCCUCCAGAUAAGGUCCUGGCACACCUACCUGGACUGGGAGGUUGCUCAGCUGAACAAGGACACAAAAGAGCCAACCCCAGAUCUGAACGAGGCAGCUACAGAGGGGUCAGAGGUCGCAGCCCCGCCGCCACAGGAGCCAUCUGAGGAUUCUGGGGUUGCCUGUGAUGACUACAGGGUUCGUAUCCUCUUUGAGCGCUGCCUGAUCGCCUGUGCUCUGUAUGAGGAGUUCUGGAUCAGGUAUUCUCAGUAUCUGGAGGCUAAGAGUGUGGACGAGGCGCGGGCUGUUUACAAACGAGCCUGUGAGAUCCACCUGACAAACAAACCCAACAUCCACAUGCAUUGGGCCACCUUUGAGGAGAGGCACGGUGACCUGACAGAGGCUCGGCGAGUGCUGGUGGCUCUGGAGAAAACCCUGCCCGGUUUGGCAGUGGUCCGCCUUCGAAGGGCGGCUUUGGAGAGACGAGCCGGUCAGCUGGACCAAUCAGAGGCCUUGCUGCAGGAAGCAGUGGCAGAGUCCAAAGAAAAGCCCACGUUACAUGCGUUCUUCUCAAUCAAGCUGGCUCGUCUGCUUCUAAAGGUGGGAAGGAACCCCAGCAGAGCCCGCAUGAUUCUACAGGAGGCGCUGGUGAUCAGUCCGGACAAUGAUAAACUGCACCUGAACCUGUUGGAGCUGGAAGUGUCGGGGGACCCCUGGGCCUCAGCUGAGGCGGUCCAGGAGUGUGUGACCCGAGCCCUGGCAGCUCCCUUGGCCCCACACACUAAAAUCCUCCUCUCACAAAGAGGCCUGCAGUUUGCUGAGGACUACAGCAACUCCAUCCAGACCGUGCUGACUGUGUAUGAAGGGCACCAGAAACUUCUGAGGGAGUUAGGCGGAACAAAGAGAGGAGCAGAGAACGGGGACGAGGACUCAGAAAAGCUGAGCAAAAGUGAAGAUGAUUCUUCUACAGCUGUGUCUGAACAAGUCCCACCCACCAUGCCCCACGUCCCCAUCACCACGCCUCCUCCCCCUGUGGUGGGUGGCGAUGCAAGCUCACAGGCCGGCUAUGGAGGCUACAGCAGCUGGUACCAGCAACCACAAUAUGGCAGCUACGGCUACCAGAACACCUGGAACUACAACCAGGGCUACUACCCUCCGAGCUAAAACAGUUGACAGUGAUUUUGACACCAAAAAGGUCACAGGAAGCAGUUGGACCCAGGAAGACUUUUCAGCUGAACAUCAAACUGAACUUUCCAGUCCUGCAGGCCCCACCAGCUAAAAUGAGAAAAAAAAAGUACCAUCCCAGCAUCCUUUCUGCACCGUCCGUCCUGAGUAACCUCAAUGUCCUGGAUUUGUUUAAACAAGGGACAACUGGAGUGGAGCUCUUUUAACACAUGGUGUCAUUUUUAGUGUUGCUUCUGAUAGGCAAGUUGAAAGACGAUGAAAGGACACGGGGAGGCCCACAUCCGUGCGUGUCUUCAUUUCAAUUGGAAAUAUUUUUGUAUUUGUUUGCAACCUCUUUGCUUCACAUCUAAAAGGCAUCCAGUUUUAUCAAGUUUGACAGCUAAUGUAUGAUUGACAUUUUGUACCAUUCCAGAGUAGGUUAUUUGUUGUUUUUCUAAUGUAUAUAAAGGUGUUUUAUAGUGUGUCACAAAGGGA